GAUACAGGAUUAUAUCCUUUACCAAAAAUAUCCAUUAUCUAUGUCUUCUAAUAAAGGUUUAAGACGCAAUCUGCCAGUUCAGGCCUCGAGAUAUAAAAUUUGUAAGGGUAAAAUGCAUCACCAUUCUCAUAAUGGUGAAGUUGUUUUGGACCUUGACCGAAGAAUUCAACUUCUUCAAAUGGUUCACAGUGGAUGUGAUACUAAUGUGUCAGCAAUAUCUCUUGCUGCCCAUUUUGGUAUCACCAAGACUUACAGCAAAUUGGCUGAUAGUGAAACAAUUUUAGAUUGUUACAGAAGAGUUUAACUUCUUUAAAAAGUUAUAGUGGAGGGGAUGUGAUACUAAUGAGGCAAAAUCUUUAGCUGAUUAUUUUGGUAUCACCAAGACUCACAGCAACUUGAUUAGUAGCUUCUGGUGGCCAAAUAUGAAAUUGGAUGUGGUUAAUUUUGUAAAAUGUUGUGAUAUUUGCCAGCGUAGCAACACAAGAUUUGACAAAACUAACAAUGAGUUGGAUUCAAUUCCUAUUCCAACAAAGGUAUGGACACAAAUAGGUGUUGAUUUAACUGCUUUGCCUGAAAGUGAAGAUGGCUAUAAAUACAUUGCUGUAGCAGUUGAUUAUUUCAGCAAAUAUAUUGUAGCCAUGCCUUUAAAAGAUAAAACAGCAAAAUCAAUAUCGCGCUAUCUUUACUCGUUACUAUGCACACAUGGUAGGGCAAAAAUUCAAAUUAAUGAUCAAGGACGUAAGUUCGUAAAUGAAAUAAGCAAUAAUUUUCACAAACUCAUAGGGACCAUGCAGAGGGUGACAAGUGCUUAUCACCCUCAAGCAAAUGGCAUGGUUGAAAGAGUGAAUAGAACAAUCCAAAAUGCACUACUAAAGUGUAUCAAUUAAUUUGGACAGAUGCCUUGCCUGGAAUAAUAUUUGCCUAUAACACUUCUCUACACGAAUCUUCGAAGUUUACGCCAUAUGAGCUGAUGUAUGGUAGAAAAGCAAAACAAGCUUAUGAGAUUGACGAGGAAGAGGAUAUUGAUCCUGACAAUGUACCUGAAGCAGAUUUGGAGUCUUGUUUUCAAGAUAGAGUUUCCAGGAUGAAUGAUAUUCAUGAGAUAGCUGCUGGCAAUAUAGAUCUUGCUCAGCUUAAACAGCAGAGGGAUUAUAGAAGUCGUAAUGCUGGUAGAAAUAACCAUUAUUUAGUCAAUGAUCAAGUGCUUAUUUGGAACAGCCGUCGGGCUGAUAGGAAAGGUGGUAAAAUGACCAGACCUUGGAUGGGUCCUUAUACAAUAGUUAGGAUUCUUAAAAGCAAUGUUGAGCUCAUGAAUGCUAGCGGUAGCAUUUUAAAGAGCAAAGCAAAUAUAUGUAAUAUAAAACAUUACUUUGCAAGAAAAGAUGAUAAAAACUGUGAGGUAGUGAGUUAUAAUGAGGAGUUAAAUGUUCAAGAAAAUCACUUGAACGUCUCAAAAUUACUCAACACGAUUAUUGGGGAAGAGAAUAAGAAUUGUGAAGACCAAAAAUAUAAAAUAUUUAUUAUUAUAUGUAUUUUUUAUAUGAUGCAGAUUUUAAGAGGAUAA